AUGACAAUUGAUCAACCAAUCACAAAGCAGUUUUUGACUAAAGAAUCAGUGGUCAAGGAGAACAAGGGUAUCUUCACAGAGCUUAGUUGUCUUCCAGCAAAAGCCAAAAUUAGACUGCAAGACAACGCACUACCAGUUGUGCACGCACCACGGCGCGUACCCGUAGCAUUAAGGGAUCGUGUCAAAAAUGAACUAAAACGUAUGGAGUCAAUGGGCGUUAUCAGGGCCAUUGACGAGCCCACAGAAUGGGUAAGCUCAAUGGUGGCCGUCGCGAAAAAAGACAGCACACUGCGGAUAUGUAUCGACCCGAAGGAUUCGAACGAAAACAUAGUGCGAGAGCACUAUCAACUUCCUACAACGGAGGACAUAACACAUAAACUGGCAGGUGCGAAAUACUUCAGUCGGCUCGACGCAAAGUCCGGGUACUGA